AUGGCUGUUAUGAAACAUCAAAUGUUUACUUGUCAUCAACAAACUUAUGCAGCAGAAUUGAAAUCUCCAAUGACGAAUAAUUAUCCUCAAAUAGCUGUAUUAGGUUGCGAUACUAAUAAAGCAAAUUUAUAUUUUGAUGUUCAACGACAAGUAUGGGUUGAACAUUUAGUUAGUUCAUGUGUUACCAAUGAACAGAGUAUUCUUGAAUUUUGUCAACAAGCAUAUCCAUCGCUUAAUAUCGGUAACAUUAUUCGACUUGAAACUGUAUUACGUUUUGAAAAUUGGUGUGAGCUACUUGCACCAUCAGAUGAUAAUAAAAUACCACGAUGCAAAAGCGAUAGUCAAUCAGAAGAAGUCGUUCAACCAUUUCGUUGUUUACAUAAAAAUUCUCAACGAGAAGAAAUCUCUUUUCCAACAAUUGAUUGUACAAUAAAUCGUAUAAAUAAUACAGGUGAAUGUUUACGUGCUGAAAAAUGGCAACAAUAUGCAUCACUUGAUUGUUCAAAGAAAGCUAUGUUAUUAAAUAGUUCCAUAAUGCCAGUUGAUUGGUGUGGACUAUCAGAAUUUCGUGGAAUUGAAUAUAUUUGUUGUCCAUCACGAGAUAUUGAUACAAGAAAUGAUUAUGAAACAAGUCUUGAUGAGAAAGAUGAUAACGCAUUGAGUGAAGAUGAUCCAGUACAAGAUUUUGUUAUUGUACCAAAAACAAGUACAGCUGCAACACAUCGAAAAAUUAUUGCUAUGUCACUUUCAUCACAUGAACCAAAUUGGAUGGAUGAUUAUCGUCGAUGGAAUUCCGAUGCAGGAUAUUUUGCUGAUGAUGAAGAUACAAAUGAUGAUCAAGAGGAAAUUAAAUUAUCAUCCGCACGAAAAUCUCAUUUAACUAUCAAUGAACAUGAACGAUUUACAAAAGAAAAAGAAGAAUUUAAACGAAAAUAUAAAGAACAAAUUAAUGAUUUAAAAUCACGUUGGCAAAAAAAUCAAGAUGAUAUUAAAAUAUUAGCUAAGAAAAAUUCGACGGAAGCACAACGACAAUAUGAAAAUAUUGAAAUUGAAUUUCGUCAAGAAUAUGAUCUUAUUAAACAAACAGCUAGUCGUGAACGAACACGUAUUAAUGCAUUACAUGAAAGUAAUCUAGAUAACGCCCUUGAUAUUGCUAAAAAAGAAACAAGUCAAAAAUUAAACGUUGUUUGGAACGAGAAACCUCUUAAGGCGAAAAAUAUUGAAGAAGCCUUAUAUAAUUAUCUUCAUGUAUUAUUACGUGAUCGUAUUCAUCUUGUAAAUCGUUAUGAACGUUUACGUACUGUCGAUCCUGAACAGGCUAAACGUAAACGAAUAUCAAUUCAUGAACGAUUACGUUUAAUCGCAAAUCAACUUAAUGAAGCACUAAAUCAAUUACGAAAUAAUCCAACAAUUCAGUCUGAAAUUCAAUCACGUAUUGAUAUUCUUCUUAGAGAAUAUGAUGAAGUCAGUCAAGCAGCUGACAGAUUAGUAUCUGAUUAUGAGGCUUCAUUACCAAAAACAACAACAACAAAAAUUCGAAUGUUACCAUUAGGUCGAGAUGAGAAAAAGAUCUAUCGAUUCUCUACAACAGCGUCAAAUAAAAUAAAUACUAAAGAUGAUGAUAAUACUAAUAAUGAAUAUAAUUAUGAUACAGAUGAUGAUUAUGAUGAUGAUGAUGAUAAUGAUGAAAGUACAACAAAAGCAACUAAAACUAACAAUAACAAUAAUAUUAACGAUCAAGUUAAUGUUGGUGAGAGUGAUUGGGAUAUUGAUAUUGAUUCCGAUGCAUCAUUUAAUGUUAAAAUAGCUUCAAAUAAUGAUGAUCAAAUAUAUAAUGAUAUCCAUCCAUUAAUACCAAAUAAGGAAGUUAAUAAUCGUUUUGUCCAACGUCAUUUAUUUCUUACAUAUCUUCCAUAUAUUAUUGGAAGUUUACUUAUAGUAUGUAUUAUAUUUGGUUUUAUAAUAUUUCGUCUUAUAAUUCAACAACGAAGAAAAUAUCAGUAUGGUAAAUAUGAAAAAAACUAUACAUUUACAGAAGUUGAAUCAAGUACACCAGAAGAAAAAGCAUUACAUGCAUUACAAAUGAAUGGUUACGAAAAUCCGACGUAUAAAUUUUUUGAAAGUCAAUCACCUAAAUGUUAA